UAUUAAAAUUAUUGAUGUCUUUAUUUUGUCUAUUGCUUUUAGGCACCACACACCACAUGAUAAUUUAGUCGACGAACUCAUUAUCUAAACAGGAUAAAUAAGUCAUAGUCGGCAAGCAAUAGAGCGAGUGAGACUAGUCCAAUAUGGCUUUUAUCAAACACUAUUUUCUAUUACUUGUCAUUUUUAGCCUUUCUCUAAAUGUUUAUGGUAAGCUUUCAACUAAUUUUUACUCCUCUACUUGCCCAAAUGUUCUCAAUAUUAUCAAGGAAGGAGUUGAUGAAGCUAUAAAAAAGGAGACUCGAGUUGGCGGUUCAAUUCUUCGUCUGCAUUUUCAUGAUUGUUUUGUUAAUGGAUGCGAUGGAUCAAUCUUACUGGACAAUACAUCAACUUUUCAAAGUGAGAAAACAGCAGCACCUAAUAAUAAUUCUGCCCGUGGAUUUGAAGCUGUAGAUCUUAUUAAAGCUAAAGUAGAGAAGGCUUGCCCUGGAAUUGUAUCAUGUGCUGAUAUACUUGCUAUUAUUGCUCGUGAUGCUGUUGUUUAUUAUGGAGGUCCCACAUGGAAAGUAAGAUUGGGAAGAAGAGAUUCUCUAAAAGCAAACAGAAGUGCAGCCAAUGCAUUCCUUCCUGGACCAAGCUUUGAUCUUAAUAAUCUCACCACCAAUUUUGCUAAUGUUGGUUUAUCCUUUAGGGAUCUCAUUGUUCUCUCUGGGGCGCACACAAUUGGAGUGGCGAGGUGCGCAACAUACCGAGCACAUAUCUACAAUGACAACAAUAUCGAUCCCGCCUUUGCGAAAUCUCUCCAACAAACAUGUCCAAGAAAUACCGGAAAUAACAAUACUUUACAGCCUUUAGAUUACCAAACAAAUUUUCGAUUCGACGAAAAAUAUUAUCAAAAUUUAAUUGCUAAAAAGGGUUUACUUCACUCAGAUCAAGUGCUUUAUAAUGGGAAUCAAAGGGCUGAUUAUGAUGUUAAGAAGUAUGCAAAUGACCAAUGCAAGUUCUUCAAAGCCUUUGCUAAGAGUAUGGUUAGGAUGGGUAAUAUUAAACCACUUACUGGAACUGAUGGAGAAAUUAGGCUUAAUUGUCGUAAGCCUAAUUAGAUAUUUUUUUUAAUGAUAUUAUUAUUUUCUUUUUAAAGGUAAUUAUUAUUUAAUUAAUAAUUAAGUAAAAUAUCUUGAUAAGUAUAUUUGAAUUGUUUAUUUUUGUGGUGUUUAUAUCUUUUAGUUUAGAGAUAUUUAUUAAUGUUAUAAUUGUGGAAAAUAGCUUUAUAAGUUUAUGAAAUUCGUGAAUAUAUGUGUGUUACUCUCUCUGUUUUCA